GACCCCCAGCAAAGUAGGCUUAAUAAUUCGGCGAAGGAAAUUUUGACGUCUGGCCGUCUGCCCAAGUCGCUUGAUUUCUCUGCUUGAAACCCCUACAAGCGUCCCGUUUUUACGUCCCUUUGGGUGAAAUUCUGUAACAAGGAAUUGUUGGAGAUUCCUCCAAGGACGAUGGCGGGUGCAAUUUUGGAGAAUUUGAGCACGAAAAAGCUGUCUUUCUUCUGCUUGUGUUUGCUGCUCGUUCAGAUUGCGUGCUUUCUUGUCGGCGGACUUGUCGCGCCAGCCCCUUCGAGUGCUCACAACAUCCUGACAACAAAGUGCAUCGACCCCUCCUUCAGCCUGCAGAAAUGGUUCCAGCCGCACGGUCCGCACGCCUGCGACAAGGUGCGGGAUUUUGACGAGGCCACCAAGCGAGGCAUCUUCGCUGAUUGGAUCGUCUUCUCGGCGCAGGUCCCCCACCGGCCCAACACCAUGCACCGGUCCUUCCAGUAUAUGCUUGGCGUCCUCGUCAUGGACAUUGGGUACUCGGAUGAAGACGGGAAACACUUGGCCCCUAAUGCAGCCGUGACCUUAGUGGUUCGACUUGGAUACAAGGACACGGACGAUGGGGAGUUUCAAGAGUUGGUCAGCGUUAACGAGACCAGAAAACUUGAAUGUGUAUUUCCUUUUACGGAAGACAAAGUGGGCUACCACUACAGCUGUGAGCCCCUGCCGCUGUUUGAGCUGGGCUCGGUCCACCACAAGCACUACCUGAUCAACAUCCGGAUGCCGAUUACCAAGGACAAGGCAACCGGUGCCCUGACCAACACUAACAUCGGCUCACCUGAGGACCUUCAUGUGGUGAUCAUACAUCAGAAUGGAGGAUUUACCACCGUCUGGAUGUCCAUUAAGACCAUCAUGUUUCCCAUCGUCCUCCUGAUCACUAUUUGGUUCUGGCGUCGGGUCAAGACCCAAGGCAAACCCUCGGUCCUUCUGGAGAGGACCAUUUUUGCCUUGGCCAUCAUCAUGAGCAUUCUCAACUUUCCCAUGGAAUGGCUGACCUUCUGGGUAGAGGUGCCCUUCAUGACCCUCCUGAGUGACAUCAAGCAGGGAGCCUUCUAUGCCAUGCUGUUCUCCUUCUGGAUCAUCUUCAUCGGAGAACAUCUGAUGGAUCAGACGCAGAGGAAUCGUCUGAAGGUCUACCGGCGGCAAGUCGCCUCCAUCAUCUUCACUUUCUUCUGCCUCUUCAUCUUUGACGUGUGUGAGAGGGGUGUUCAACUGGUGAAUCCGUUCUUCUCCAUGUGGAACACAGACAAAGGCUACAGACUUGCGAUGGCGUUCAUCAUCUUGGCCGGCAUCUGCCUCUGCUCCUACUGUCUCUUCCUCCUCUUCAUGGUCUACCAAGUCUUCAAGAACAUCAGCAUGAGGCGGGCCACUCUGCCGCACAUGGCCAAGGCGCGCCGUCUCCACUAUGAGGGUCUGAUCUAUCGCUUCCGGUUCUUCAUGAUCUUCACCGUCCUGACGGCCAUCUUCACCGUCAUCUUCUUCAUCAUGUCUCAAGUCUUGGAGGGUCACCAGAAGGCCGGAGAGAGCAUAUCCAGUGUGCAGUAUACCAGCGGGUUUUACACCGGUGUCUACGGCAUGUGGAACAUCUACGUCGUGGCCGUGCUUGUGCUGUACGCGCCGUCGCACAAGAAGACUGCCUCGACUAGCAAUGGUGAAGGUAGCGAGGGAAGUCAUGUUGAGUUUGACAUCGAUGUCCCCUCGGAAGGGCGCCCUACAGACCCCGUAGUGGCUGGUUCCCUGACCGAGGCAUACCAGCUCCUCAGCAAAACAGCCACUGAAUAAAAGAAACGCAGGUUGGGAAGACCAUGGGAGGCUGAGGCCGCACCGAGGUAACGUCAUGAAUAUUCAGUGAAUCCUGUUUGCUGUGAUUGGACGCCUGAAUGAAUAGCCUUCAUCUGAUAGGUGGAUCGUUGAUCACAUGUCAUUGAAUUAUUCAUCUCAACCCAUGGCCUGGCCACACUGCAAAAAUAGAAGUUCCUUUCCACGGUAAAUGGAAGUUCCAUUGCACGGUCACACUAUUCCCAAUCAGAUGACGAGGAUUUAUUCAGGCGUUGUAUAAACCAAAUAAUAAAUGUUUCACUUUCGUGCAGUGGAAAGAAUAAUUCGAUUCGGUGACAGAUGGAAUGGACCAUUCCAUCUGCCACCUCAUGAAUCAUUCUUACCAUUGCACUCAUAAACAUUCAUUAUUUGUAUGUUACAUUUAUAUUUGUUCGGCUACACAUCAGUCAUGGGCAAUAUACGCAUAUUGCACAUAUUUACCAAUUUGUCACAUUUCUGUGCAUCAGUAUUCAGUAUUUUGUAUCUCGCACAAGAAAAAGCAGAAUUCGCAAAUGUAAAAACUCUCUAAACCUUGAAAAAAAUAUAGACGGAAUGUUUGCAGCUAUGCUAAUUGUUUCUAAUAAAAUUGUUGAUAAUAGUCAUCAGUAUUUUGUAUUGCACGUGUAUUUACGAGCAACAAAACAUUAAGUGAUAUGUAUUCAAUUGAAUAAAGUCAUUUUAAAUGCCUGUGUCGUUUGCAGGGUCUUUUUAUUGAGUCAAGACGAAGCUAUUUUCGUAGUACAAGAAAUUAAGGAUUCAGUGUCUGUCAAUGAUUUCCAUUGACCAAGUUGUAAUGCGUUAACAGUGAGUGUCUUCACUGAUUUUGAACUCAGCUGCCUUGUCAAUAGAGGGCGCUAUAUAUACCCACAGGACUUGGGAGGGAAAUACAUUUCAAUUUAAGGACUCACAACUCCUCUGACUUUUACCAGAUGUUGUCAAUAGAUGUAUAUUUUUCUAACUGUACGUAGUUUGCUUGUGUGCCUUAAUGAUUUAGUUUUGCAUUAUUUAAACCAAUUUUGCCGUAGUAUUCUUAGAAAAUGUAUUCUUAAACAGCGUCAGCCUAUAUGAUAUUUUCUGUACAUGUACUUAACACAAGUGCCAUUGCAGUAUUCGGAACCAUUAACGUAUUAUCUUAAUGUCAAUCGUGCAUAAUUUUUGCAUAAUAUUUUUGCUACGUAGUACAUGUAUUCAUGUAAAGUAUAACUUAUGGAGACUGAAGUUUGCAAUUAAUCAUAUGUCAUAUUUGGACAACUGCCAAGAUGAAAACUUUAAUCUUGAAGGUAUUUCAUUGUGAUCUUGUUUGUUUUUUGUACAGUUGAACCCUGAUAAGAAGAACACUGUUAAUACAAGAUCCUGCUUAUAACAAGCAAAGUUUUAGGUCCCAAGUCUUUGUUUUUCUUUGUUUCCAUUACUGUUCACACAAGGUACCUGUUAUAACAAGGUAAUUCGUAAAGUCCCCAAGGACCUUGUUAUGAAGGUGUUCGACUGUAAAAUGUUCUUGGAGUAAACCUUGUUUACUGGAAGUUGUCGGCAAUAAAUUGUAUUCUGGAAUAAAUUGUCUCCCAGGAUAUGCUGUCCCUCCGGAGUGUGCAUUCUCACGUAA